AAGUAAGGUUAGACAUAAAUUAAAAAAAUAAAUAGAAAUAUCUAAUUUAAUGAAUUAAUAAUAUUCACGCAUAAAUCUCUCAUAAAAUAAAUCAUUAAACACUGACACUGACAGAUCAAUUGUGACAGUUUCCGAUGGUAAAGUAAGGUUAGACACAAAUUAAACUUUUAACAUUCAAUUUAAUGAAUCGUACGAUAAUGUCUACAUACAAACAAUACGUGUUUUGGUUCGCUCAAGAGCAUGUGCCAUUUCGAAAACCAGAAAUACUAUCUUUAAUAAAACUAUUCAACAUAAAACCAAGAACAAUAGAAAAAAUCUGCGAUGAAACACCUUACUGGAUAAUUGAAUUAGACGAUGAAAAACAUUGUCAUGAUAUUUGUUCGCGUUCGGUUUCUGUAAGAUUCUGCAUGGAACUCUGGUCACGGUCCAAAAUAAUAAAAGAAUUCCACGAAAGGUUGCAAAAGUAUGUAAAUACAAAUUCUGAUUGCCAAAAGUAUUUUAGUGCGAGUAAUACAUUUAGGAUUACUGUUGAGACUUAUAAUAAACACUUUACACAAGCUGAGAAGAUUAAAAAGAUAGAAAAUUUAGAAUAUAUACCGGUUAAGGGUUCUGUGAAAUUAACAAAUCCUGAUAUAGAAUAUAUGUAUUAUGAGCAUUAUGGUUUGGACUCUAACAAUGUACCAGAACAGCCUUUAGAAAUUUUAUUUGGUAGAUACAUAUGCAGUGGGCAAAGACAACUAAAAAAAGAGUUGUCUUUAAAAUCCAGGAAAUUUAUUGGGAACACCAGCAUGGAUGCUACAUUAUCUGUCUUAGCAGCCAAUCAAGCUUUAGCACAAGACGGUAAAAUUAUAAUGGAUCCUUUUGUCGGUUCUGGUUCGUUACUUGUAGCAGCCGCUAAAUUUGGAGGUUAUGUUAUGGGUAUGGAUAUUGAUUACUUGAUGCUGCACGGCCGGACACGUCCUAGUCGUAUCAAACAAAAAACAAGGGACAAAGAUGAAAGUAUUUUAGCAAAUUUGAAACAAUAUCAAUGCGAAUCCAGUUACCUGGACGUUGUCGUAGCUGACAGUUCGCUACCUUUGUGGAGACCGAAUUUUAAAAUCGAUGCAAUUGUAACGGAUCCACCUUACGGUAUCAGAGAGGCUACAGAAAGGAUAGGAACCGACCAGUCUCUUAAACGAACCCCUGAUUCAACUGAUUCAACUGACUUUGACCAUUUCCCUGCCAAAAUCGACUACGACCUCCCCCAACUAUACUCAGACCUCCUACAACUAGCAGCUACUCAUCUAUCACCAGGUGGACGUCUCGUUUGUUGGUUUCCAGUCUUCAGAAAAGACUACGAUGAGUCUUUUUUACCAAAACAUAAACAACUAUCGCUGAUUGCUAAUUCCGAACAAGUUCUAAGCAAUCAUACGUCCAGGAGGAUGUUGACUUAUGAAAAAUUACCAGAAGAUUCACAAGUCAAUGAUGAUUUUGAUGAUAGUUCGACUACUGCUGUUUUGGAAUAUAGACAUAAGUACUUUGUGCAUUCUGAAGGUACGAGGAAGGAAAAACGGUUGAAGAGGCAUGAGGAACAAGAACGUACCAAGAUGGAUAAGAUUAAAGCAAGAUUUGAGAAGAAGAUAAAUAACUUAUUAUGA